AUGGAGCCAGAAGACACCGCCUCAGAUCUAUCUGGCGAUGAAGUUGCGGCCCCACGGCCAACCGAAUCCAACCGACACAGAGUUCAAAAUGCUAUGUUCACUGCACUGCUCGAAGAGCAUGUUGUUAAUAGGUCAAGCAACAACUCCAAUGGCGAACAUGUCGAACUAUCUGAUGCGGAACUUUCAACUGCUCGUUUGCUCGCAAAUACAGAGCCUGGGGGUGGAAUCCUGGACCCUCGUGAAUACCAAAUCGAGCUCUUCGAGAGAGCAAGGACUCGCAACACUAUCGCAGUUCUCGACACAGGGUCUGGGAAGACUUUAGUGGCUGUGCUUUUGCUCAAGCACAUUCUCCAAAUUGAACUCAACAAACGUGCCAAUGGCGCCAAGCCCCGCGUUGCCUUUUUCCUGGUGGACAGUGUGACGUUGGUCUUCCAACAAUCUGCGGUGUUGAGAAACAAUCUUGAUCAAAAAGUCGCUCAUUUUUUCGGCAAUCUAGGACCUGAUCUUUGGGACAAGCAGACGUGGAACAAGCACCUUGAAAAGUACAUGGUGAUUGUAUGCACGGCAGAGAUCCUGAAUCAGUCUCUACUGAAUGGCCAUGUGGGGAUUGACCAGAUCAACCUUCUGAUCUUCGACGAAGCCCAUCAUGCCAAAAAAGAGCAUCCUUAUGCUCGUAUCAUCCGAGACACAUAUCUGAAAGCGGACCCUGAAAAGCGUCCCAGGAUCUUCGGGAUGACUGCUUCCCCGGUUGAUGCUAAGUGUGAUAUAGCGGAAGCAGCAAUCCAGCUUGAGACUCUUUUAGACAGUCGCAUUGCAACAACAUCGGAUCUUGCCCUCCUGCGAAAUUUCGUGAACAAGCCAAUGGAGGAGGAAUGGGUCUAUGACAAGCUUCAUCCAGUGUUUGAGACUAAUCUGCAUGGAGUUUUGAAAACAAAGUAUGGGGAUAUGUCAAUCCUUGAAGGCGCAUUUCGAUUUGCAUCGGUUGCAAGCUCAGAGUUAGGGGCUUGGUGCGCAGACCAGGUAUGGGCUCUUGCCCUGGCGGACGAAGUACUGCCCAAGCUGGAGGGCAGUAUCGGCAAAGUCGAUUCCGAUCCCCAGGAUUCUGAAAAGAUCUCAGAGGAGAUCAAGCGAAUCCAGGAAGCCAACCAGUUCGUCAAGGAAUACAUCUCAAACCAGGCAUUUAUGCCGAGUGAUCUCAGCUCCAAAGUCGAGCUUUUGAUAAGAAAGCUGCAAGAACAGUUUGUGCAAUCGCCAGAUACCAAAUGUAUUGUAUUCACACAACGGCGCAACACAGCUAAAGUAUUGUUACAGCUGUGCGAAAAGCUGGAAAUUCCGAACCUCCGUCCCGGUGUCUUAAUCGGAGUUCGCAAAGGAGAUGCCCUAGGAAUGAAUUCCACAUUUCGUCGGCAGUUUCUUGUCUUGGUCAGGUUUCGAAAAAGUGAAGUCAAUUGCUUGUUUGCAACAUCGGUCGCAGAGGAAGGCCUUGAUAUCCCAGACUGUAACCUGGUGGUUAGAUUCGAUCUGUAUGACACGGUUAUUCAAUACGUCCAAAGCCGAGGCCGUGCCAGACGCACCGACUCAGUGUACGCAACGAUGGUGGAAAGUGGUAACCGCAACCACAGCGUGAGACUACAGGAAGUUCGAAGAGCAGAGCAUCUCAUGAAAAAUUUCUGUAACAUGCUGCCGGAUGAUCGAAAGUUGUACGGAGAUGAUCGUGAUAUGGGAGUACUUAUUCGCGAGGAAGGUCGGAAGAGAACAUACACCAUACCGGGCACAGGUGCCAUGUUGACCUAUCGCCAUGCAAUUGGUGUUCUGGCACGAUUUGCCAGCUCAUUGCAAUACGAAAAUGAGAUCUCGGCCUUGGUCACAUACAUUGUCAUGUCAGAAAACGAAUCAUUCAGCUGUGAGAUAAUUUUGCCGGAGAAGUCGCCAGUACGAAGAGUGAUUGGAUGUUCCGAAUCAAAGAAAUCACUCGCUAAGCAAUCUGCUGCAUUUGAUGCAUGUCUUCUACUUCGAAAAAAGAACCUGUUGGAUGGGCACUUCAACUCUGUCUACCACAAGCGUCUACCAGCAAUGCGCAAUGCCAAAUUGGCCCUUACUUCAAAGAGAACUGACCAGUACAGAAUGCGUACCAAGCCCUCAAUCUGGACUAGGCUGCAGGGAGCCACUCCAAUACGUCUCUACGCGAUAGUUAUUCGUCUCAUCCCAUCAGAGCCUCUGAAUCGGGCUCACGGAAGUAUUGUAUUGCUAACACGAGAGCGGAUCAUAUUGAUACCGACUUUCCCUGUCUUCUUGGAUGAUGAUAUCGAGACUACGGUCCAGUCAUUGUGUAUUGAUGGGUGCCUUGAGGUUGCUUCUGAAGAGUUCGAAGUUAUGACUGCAUUUACACUUGCUGUUUUCCACGACGUGUUUCACAAAACCUACAAGCCUGUCUCGGAACAGUUCCCGUACUGGCUUGCGCCUGCUCGAGAAGAUGUGGACAUUAAAACGUCAACAAAUCUCCUUGACAUAAUUGACUGGACGGCAUUGCACUACGUCCAAGAUAACCCCAAGCUUGUGUGGUCCACUGAUAUGGAACCGGAAUCAUUGCUAAAUCGAUUUAUUUACGACGACUGGAAUGGAAAGUAUCGAUACUUUCCGCUUGCUAUAGACCCCAAUCUACGUCCUUCAGAUCCACCCCCAUCCUAUGCACCAUCUCGAAAAUGGUCAGACGACAUCAUGAAUUGGUCCUUGAGCUUGAGCAAAAACUCACGUCCAAAAUUCUUUAACCGAUGUAUCUGGGCUCAACCAGUCUUACAGGCAGAGUUGGUCUGUCUUCGGCGUAACUUUCUUGAUAAAGCAGCUGAGGAAGAGAGGGAAUCCAACUCGAGAUGCGUUAUUUGCCCUCAGCCGCUGGUUUUAUCGGCGAUUUCCAUGCCUGUGGCCGCAACAUGUUUUGUCUUUCCAGCAAUCAUUACUCGAAUGGAGUCCUACCUGAUUGCUCAGGAGGCAUGCGAAAUGUUAGGUCUUGGUGAUAUCAAGCUAGAAUAUGCACUGGAGGCCUUCACCAAGGAUUCGGAUAACACCGAGGAGCACCGGAGCCUACAGAUUCACGUUCAGCGAGGAAUGGGAAAAAAUUACGAACGCCUUGAAUUACUAGGAGACUCUGUCCUCAAGAUGGCAACAUCGAUCUCGCUCUUCGUUCAAAACCCCGACGACGAUGAAUACGACUAUCACGUCAACAGAAUGUGUCUUAUCUGCAACAAGAACCUGUUCAAGAAUGCAACUGAACUGAAGCUGUACGAGUACAUACGUAGUCGCGGGUUCUCUCGGCACAUGUGGUACCCCCCAGGUCUUUCGCUUGAGUAUGGUCGGGACCACGCCAAAUUUUUUGCUACUGAAGGCAAGCACUCCUUAGCCGAGAAGACUAUAGCAGAUGUCUGUGAGGCAUUGAUAGGCGCCUCGUUGCUCUCGGGAGGUCAUGACAAUCGCUAUGACCUGGCCAUCAAUGCUGUCACUGUCUUCGUCAACAGUCAGAACCACACCGCAACCUCGUGGAAAGACUACACCUCUGCGUAUUCCAUUCCUUCGUACCAGAGCAGGGUGACGGAUGGUUUUGAGAGGAACUUGGCCCAGCAGAUAUUCGAGAAGGUAGGUUACAAGUUCAAGUACCCUCGUCUUCUGAGGUCGGCGUUCACGCAUCCAUCUUAUCCUUUGGCAUGGGCCAAGGUGCCUUGCUACCAGCGGCUCGAGUUCUUGGGCGAUGCACUCCUAGAUAUGGUGUGUGUAGAACACUUGUUUCAUCGGUUCCCCAACCGAGAUCCGCAGUGGUUGACGGAACACAAGAUGGCUAUGGUGUCCAACAAAUUUCUCGGUGCUUUGGCUGUAAAGCUAGGGCUUCAUCUUCAUCUUCAGCAUUUCAGCAGUCCCCUCAUGAUUCAAAACAGCAAAUACGCAGAGGAACUUCAGCUUGCAGAGAGUGAAAGCAAUGGAGAGGUAGACUAUUGGCUUUCAACAUCAGAUUCCCCAAAGUGUCUUCCCGACAUGCUUGAGGCUUAUCUCGGUGCCAUAUUUGUUGAUUCUGGCUUUGACUUCACAGUGAUUGAAGCCUUCUUCGAAAAUCAUAUUCUGCCAUUCUUUCACGACAUGUCUAUCUACGACACAUUUGCAAACAGGCACCCAACGCUACCAUUGCAUCGAUUACUGCUUGAAAUCUGCAGAGAUUCCCGCCGUGGAGGGGGAACUCCCAAGGUCUUUGCUGCAGUUAUGGUGCACGGCGAAUCCAUUGCCAGCGCAGUCGCAUCUUCUAGUCGGUAUGCUAAAGUGAGGGCUAGCACCAGGGCAUUGGCCAUUAUUGAUGGAAUGUCACUUUCUGAGUUCCAGGGGAAGUAUCACUGUUCUUGUCAGGGUGGGCAGGUCACCGUGGACCAUGCAAAUAUCGGGACGGCAGUUUGA